CGAAUCGUUGCACGGAAAACUUCUUCGAGCUCUAACCACGUAACUACACAAACGAAACAAAGAACCAUAAAAUGGCUAACGCACCUGCAGUUGGUAUCGAUCUUGGCACCACCUACUCCUGUGUAGGAGUUUUCCAACAUGGAAAGGUGGAAAUCAUCGCCAAUGACCAAGGAAAUCGAACUACACCCAGCUAUGUUGCCUUUACGGACACCGAGCGUCUCAUCGGAGAUGCCGCGAAAAACCAAGUCGCCAUGAAUCCCAACAACACAAUUUUUGAUGCCAAAAGACUGAUCGGUCGCCGCUUUGAGGACCUCACAGUUCAGGCAGACAUGAAACACUGGCCAUUUACCGUUGUUAGUGAUGGUGGAAAACCCAAAAUCGAAGUUCAAUACAAAGGAGAGACGAAGACUUUCUUCCCAGAAGAAGUGAGCUCAAUGGUCCUGGUUAAGAUGAAGGAAACUGCCGAGGCAUACCUUGGUAAAACCGUCACCAAUGCCGUGAUCACUGUUCCCGCCUAUUUCAACGACUCGCAGCGUCAGGCAACCAAAGACUCUGGUACCAUCUCAGGUCUGAACGUACUGCGAAUUAUCAAUGAGCCCACAGCAGCUGCCAUUGCUUAUGGACUUGACAAGAAAGCUGUUGGAGAACGUAAUGUUCUCAUUUUCGACCUUGGCGGCGGUACUUUUGAUGUAUCCAUCCUUACCAUCGAGGAUGGAAUCUUCGAGGUCAAGUCGACUGCUGGUGACACUCACCUUGGUGGAGAAGAUUUUGACAAUCGCAUGGUGAACCACUUUGUCCAAGAGUUCAAGCGAAAAUACAAGAAAGAUCUGACCCAGAACAAACGUGCUCUACGUCGACUUCGCACAGCGUGUGAAAGAGCGAAGCGCACGCUAUCCUCAUCCACCCAAGCCAGCAUUGAGAUUGAUUCUCUAUUUGAGGGAAUUGACUUCUACACUUCCAUCACAAGAGCUCGAUUUGAAGAAUUGUGUGCAGACCUCUUCCGUGGUACUCUUGAACCUGUGGAGAAGUCCCUUCGUGAUGCUAAAAUGGACAAGUCUCAGAUUCACGACAUUGUUCUGGUUGGUGGCUCCACUCGUAUCCCUAAGAUUCAGAAGCUCUUGCAGGACUUCUUCAAUGGCAAGGAACUGAAUAAAUCUAUCAACCCUGAUGAAGCUGUAGCUUACGGAGCGGCUGUCCAAGCUGCCAUUCUCCAUGGAGAUAAGUCAGAGGAAGUGCAGGACCUUCUUCUCUUAGAUGUUACUCCCCUUUCUCUUGGUAUCGAAACUGCCGGCGGUGUCAUGACUGCACUUAUCAAGCGUAACACAACCAUUCCAACUAAGCAGACACAAACGUUCACUACCUAUGCCGAUAAUCAGCCUGGUGUACUCAUCCAAGUCUACGAAGGUGAGCGAGCAAUGACUAAGGACAAUAAUCUACUUGGAAAGUUUGAGCUCAGCGGGAUUCCACCGGCACCCCGAGGCGUUCCUCAAAUUGAAGUAACUUUUGACAUCGACGCUAAUGGUAUCCUGAAUGUAUCUGCUGUUGACAAAUCGACUGGUAAAGAAAAUAAGAUCACUAUUACUAAUGACAAAGGACGCUUGAGCAAAGAAGACAUUGAAAGAAUGGUCAACGAGGCAGAAAAGUAUCGUAGUGAGGAUGAGAAGCAGAAGGAAACUAUCUCUGCUAAGAACGGCUUGGAGUCGUACUGCUUUAACAUGAAGAGUACAGUAGAAGAUGAAAAGCUCAAGGACAAGAUCAGCGCGAGUGACAAACAGGUAGUCCUUGACAAAUGCAACGACAUCAUUAAGUGGCUUGACGCCAACCAACUAGCUGACAAAGAAGAGUAUGAGCAUAAGCAGAAGGAACUGGAAGGCAUCUGUAACCCAAUUGUUACCAAGCUUUACCAGGGAGCUGGAGGAGUUCCGGGAGGAAUGCCAGGUGGUUUCCCAGGAGCUGGUGGCGCUGCCCCUGGAGGUGCAGGAGCUGCACCAGGCGCCGGUGGCGCAUCGGGACCUACGAUCGAAGAGGUCGAUUAAACCUCGUCACCUGGUAGCCAUCUCUACUGAAAACAGUUUUCAUUUUGACACUGCCUUGAAUCAGUCAGUCUCAUGAAUACCCAAUCAUAAGUAACUAAAUAAAUAAAUAAAUGAACAUGCAAACACAA